UGCGUAUCUGAAAAGCACUUUAAAGUUUACAAUCCACCGUAAACACUUCCUUCAAAUGGUUCUAUUAGUACCAUUGUACAAAAAACGGACCGCAGAACGUGGUGUAAUAGUCGAUACAAACGCACAGUAAUCCAUCAGUAAUUGAACAUCGUUUUGAAGUUUACAAUCGAACGUCUUCAGUGGUUUCAUCAGUGUUUCGUCAUCCCCUAAGUGAAACAACCGAUCGCACCGGUCAUUUUCAUCCAACGAGUUGUUGAAAAAGGUCCAAUGCAAGGCUCUAACCAGUGAGAAAAUGUUCAAGCUCGGCGUUUUCGAGAGCUCCCUGCGCAACAGCCCGGACACGGCGAAGCGGACACUCAAGAAACCGGGCGUCCGCAAACCCACCGGCGUCUCCCCGCUCAAACCCGCUGCACCCGCCAAGAAGCACGUCUCCAUCGUCAACGUCGGGGACGUCACCCGAGUCAGAGUGGAUGACGUCACUCGGGGGAGCGUGGAUGACGUCACCCGAGUCAGAGUCGAUGAUGUAAUCACCCGGGGGAGCGCGGAUGACGUGACGCGGGUGAGGGUGGACGACGCGACGCGGGCGCCGAGCGACUCGGACAGCGGCCAGGAGUCGAUGUCGUCGGUGACGGACGGGUGCGCGAAGCCGCGAAUCGUGAGCCAGGUCCUCAAGGCGGACGUGGGGCGGAGCCCGGAGGACGAGAAGCUGGCGGACGUGGGGCGGAGCCCGGAGGACGAGAAGCUGGCGGCGAGGAGGCGGCGCCUCCAGCGGAACCACGAGCACGUCGAGAGAUCCGACUCGGAGCUGUCGGAGGUCAUCAGGAACUCGGUCGUCGAGGCCAACGGCGCGGCCAAGAGGGUCGUGGACUGGGGCAACCAGGAGAGGGUCAACUCGGAGUCCUCGGAGGGCAUCACGUUGAUAAAUGGUUGCAGCGAGUCCAAGAAGAAGCUCCAAGAACUCCCGGAGCGGCGAAACCACGAACCUGCCAAGCGGACAGACUCCGAGUCUUCGGAGGUCUUCAAAAACCAAGACGGGAAAUCCUCCCUCGCCAGUUCCAGCGAGUCCGUUUAUUCAAAGAAAGGCGCCCCCAAAGUCACGGCCAAGGGGAAGUCCACAAGACCGGAAGUCGAAAGAUCGGACUUGGAGUCGCCCGAGUCGAAGAAAGCGACCUCCAAAGUUCAAACCCGGAGCCCUGAUUGGCGGAAGCCAGGCAGACCGGAAGUGAGGACACCGGAGGCGAAGAGACCGGAAAUGAAGACGCCGGAAGUGAAGAGACCGGAAACGAAGACGCCGGAAGCGGGUCAGCGGAAGGUGUUCGUGCCAGCGGGGAAGGCGCCGCUGUCGCGGACGGGGUCCGGAGCGAGGAGCCCGACCAAGUGCCCGAAGGAGUGCGCGCAGGGGCGGAUCCAGAAGGCGUGGGGGUUGGGGGCGGCGGCGGGGCGGAAGCCGGGAAAGAGCGAAGUGAGGGUGGUGAGCUUCGCGGAGGUGUACGCCGAUGCCGUGAACCGGAAGCUCGGGGCGGACUUGGACGGUGCCCUCUACAAGGACCUGCCGAUCUCCGAGGAGGAGGUGGAGGCGGCACCCGAGGACAGGGUCGUCGCCGUUGAGACGCUGGCCGACCUCAGACUCCAAAAGGCGAAAUCUGAGGAGCAGUUGGCGAACGACCGAGCAUGGCUGGAGCAAGAGAGGUAUUGGCUGGUCCACCGGAGAGGCUUCACCGCGGUGACGAAAUUGCCCGGAAAGUCCGGCUCCAUGGACGACCUCGCCACCGGCGUCGGGACCGGGAAGAUCCGGGUCUCCGUCCUCUCCACCAACGAGGAGUACUCCGUCGACGAGGACGAUCUCGAGAAGGCUAACCCACCGCAAUACGAUAGAUCAGAAGAUCUGGCCCAACUGAGGUUCCUGAACGAAUCAAGCGUCCUUCAUACUCUACGGCAGCGUUAUGCAGCCAACCUCAUACACACUUACGCUGGACUUACAAUGCUCAUCAUGAAUCCUGCUGUCCCGCUUGCCAUCUAUUCUGAGAAGGUUGCUCAUUUAUUUCGGAGAUGCAAGUCUGCUGAUAUGCCUGCACACAUUUAUUCAGUAGCUCAGUCAGCGUAUCAUAGCAUGUUGUCUCUUCGUCGAGAUCAUUCCAUUGUAUUUUUAGGCCGAGCAGGAAGUGGUAAAACAAUCAACUAUAAAUAUGUCAUCAAAUAUUUAACUAUUGUGGCUGGUGCAAAUAAUAAGGUUUUAACUCUAGAAAAAUUAAAUUCCAUAUGGACUGUCCUUGAGGCCUUCGGUAAUGCAAAGACAGUUUUGAAUAAUAGCGCCACCUGUUUUGCUCAUCUAUUUAGUCUUGAUUUCGAUCAAUCAGGUCAAAUAGCCUCAGCGUCUAUUCAGACAAUGCUUUUUGAUCGAUGGAGAGUGGCAAGACGUCCAGAGGGUGAAGGAACUUUUCAUAUCUUGUCAAGACUGGUUCUCGGAGCAGAGGGAAAUCUUAGACGUGAUCUCAUGCUAGGUGAUUUGAAUCCAACCGAUUCGAAUCCUUAUGUUCAUUUCAAUGUUUCGAAUGAAGAUAAAGUGCAACAAGCGGGCUUGUUCAAAAUGGUGUAUGGAUCAUUAAUGCAGCUUGGCGUUUCGGAACUAGAAAAUAAAAUUAUAUUCUCCGUUUUAGCAGCCAUCUUACACCUUGGUGCAGCAGGUGCUGCUAAAGGUAGUACUAGCAGCAGAUGGCAGUUCAACUCCCCAAUCGCUGCUCACCGAGCUGCCAAAUGUCUCGGCACAACUGUUGAGGAACUCUCAAGGAUAAUAUUCGCACCCACAGUAUCAACACCCACCAGCAACAGAUCUUCAUAUCACAGCUCUAGUCCUGGCUCAGAUUAUGGGAACCGCUCGCCUGCAGUUGACGACUGGACCGGCCAAGAUGCUUUGGAUGGAUUCGUCAUCGGCCUUUACUCAGAAGUGUUCAACAUUGUCGCUGCUCUUAUCAACAGGCAUUUGUCAGUUGGUACGCAUACUGUCAACACAAUUUUAGUUUUUGAUUGUCCUGGAUUCCAAAAUCCGGCUUCCUGUGGGCAGCAGAAUGGCGCAACAUUCCAAGAUUUCUGUUUCAACUACCUCCAAGAAAGAUUGCAGUUGCUCUUCCACAAUACUGCACUUGUCGCCACCAGGGAUAGAUAUACGCAGGAACAAAUUGAAGUGAUCUGUGAUGACACAGAUGAAGUUUCUCCAGAGGGCAUUGUCAACAUAUUGGACAACAUUCCAAGCAACAACUCUAGUUUGUCUCUUGCAAUGCGCAGUUCUCAGUUGGACCUGAGGCAAUCCGACAGCACUCCUGGUCUGCUAUGGCUUUUGGAUGAGCAUCGAUCUCUGCCCAGUCAGCAAUCCUUUGUCGACUCAGUCUUCAACGUUUAUCGUGAACGAGAGCACCAAACGCUGAUCAACAAAGCUGCUGGAAAUCAUCACUUAUUGAUCCAGCACUGCCAAGGAACCAACCCUGUUCUGUACAACACGGAAAACUGGACCAAGUUGGCUCGUGAGCAUCCUUCAACCAAAGCAGCAGUUGCCUUACUUCUAGAAUCUACGCAUAAUGAUAUGGCAACUGUUUUUACCAUGAGCCGAAGCGCAAACAUUUCAAGUACACUCGGGGGCUCUUUGGCUGGCAUGGACGGCACCCAGUCCUUACGCCGUGCAUCCAGUAUCAGAAGAACCUUCACAAGCAGUUCAGCUGCUGCCAUCAAACGAAAAUCAGUCGCUCUUCAAGUUAAAUUUGCAGUGGAUGGUCUAAUUGAAACAUUGCGAAGGAGUAAAGUGAAGUUCGUUCAUUGUUUGCUAGCCCAGCACAAUGUUGCAGCUGUAGACGGAACAAAAGAGUACUUCGAUUCUACAAUUAACGUCCCUCUUCUGCGGUCACAGAUCCGUGGUGCAGAGGUUUUACCGGCUGUGCGCCUUUACAAACAAGGUUUCCCAGAGUGUAUGCAGCUUACGGAAUUCAUUCGCAGAUUCGGUCUGCUGGCUUCAAGUUCUAACUCAACUGAAGCGUCUACACCAACACCAACUGAUACAAAAACAUCAAUUGAGGAAAUCCUGUUCGGCAUUGAUCUCGAUGCUUCCUCAUAUCGUGUUGGCUUGAGUCAGAUAUUCUUCCGGUCUGGAGUUCUGGCCCAGUUGGAGCUCCAAAGAGACGCCAAACUAACCGACCGGAUAAUCAAACUCCAAAGCCAUUGUCGCGGUUAUUUGGCCAGGAAAAAACUUGCGAAAUUGAAGGUGGAGGAUCUGGCGGUGCGCUGCAUCCAGCGGAAUGUGCGCAAGUUCAUGUCAGUCCGCGACUGGGCCUGGUGGCGUCUGCUCGUGAGGGUCACGCCGCUCCUCAACGUUCAUCGCACCGAGGAGGAACUCAAGUCCAAAACGGAGGAGUUGGAGAGUCUACGUGCCAAACUCGAUAAGUUGGAGCAAGAGCGGAAUCUACUGAAGCAUGAGACGGACAAACUCGAAACCAAGUUGAGUGAAAUGACUGUGGAUUUGGCCGAAGAACAUUCUACUGCAACUGUUGCCAGUGAAAGACUUGAAAUCGAAACAUCUGAACGCUUGAGGCUUGAAAAAGAGUUGCAAGAAAUUCAGAUCAAAAACAAACGCCUGCAAGAAAACGGAGAAAGGUUAGAACUCGAAGUAUUACACCUUCACUCAGCAGAUGUGAACGGAAGCGCACUACAUAGUGAAGAUGAUGAUGAUGAGAGUGGAGAUCGAACUGGAGUCUACAAACGACGCUAUGAGCGUGUUGCUCGAGAGCUAGAAUUUGCAAAACGCAGAUUGGAUCAGCAGCAUCAGGACGAUUUAGAGCAACUCAUCGGACUCCGCAAACAGUUAGAGAAAAAACUUGCAGAUGCAUACGAAGAAGUUGAAGAACAAAGACAAGUUGUUGCCCAGUGGAAACGUAAAGUGCAGAAACUAAACUCAGAGCUGAACGAUGUGCGGCUCCUUUUAGAGGAACAAAAUUCUAGGAAUAUUUUACUUGAAAAGAAGCAGAGGAAGUUUGACGCCGAAUUACAAAUGUUGCAAGACGAGUUAAGGCAAGAGCGGCAGCAGAAAGAGCGUUCUUCUCGGGAGCGAGAGAUUGCUGUCAGCGAAAAGUAUUCAAUGGAGCAAACAUUAAGUGCUGUGAAACUAGAACUAGAACUGAAGGAACAAAAAUUAGUCAAUUUAAAUCGAGAGCUAGAAGAAUUAAUGUUCAAUGGAAGCACGGAAGAAGAAGUAGCAAAUUUAAAGAAAUCUAAACAUCAGCUAGACAAUAAAAUCAAAGACCAGGAGGAAGAGCUGGACGACUUAGCAGGCCAAGUACAAAUGUUAGAGCAAGCCAAAUUAAAGUUAGAGAUGAGUUUAGAACAAAUGAGGAAGGAACACCGAAGAGAAUUGAUGCAGAAAGACGAUGAAAUAGAAGAUGCUCGAUGUAGUGCUGUGAAAAAAGUUAAAGCUCUAGAAUGCCAGUUAGAGAGUGAACAUGAAGAAAGGACUCUUCUUCUUCGGGAGCGACAUGAGCUAGAAAGACGACUGAACGAUUUAGAAGAUAGAGAACGUGUGAAUAGGACUAGCGAUCAAGAGCAGUUGAAUAGGCUCCGGAGGGAUCUGAAACGAACCAAAGCUUUGCUACAAGAUGCGCAGAUUAUGCUACAGCAAGCCAAAGCAGACACUCCGAACAAAACCAUCUUGCGACAGCUCCGAAAUCAGCUGGAAGAUGCUGAGUGUGCACGGAACCUUGCCAUCAAAGCUCGCCAGACUGCAGAAGCCGAUCUCUUGGAAGUUCAGCUCGCCCUUGAGGAAGCAACCAGAGCCAAAAACGAAGCGGAAGAAAAAUCCGCAGUUAUUUCUCGCGAGAGGUCGCAACUUCAAACUCAGUUAGAUGAAAAUGAAGAAGAAUUAGCAGAAGUUUUAAAGAAAUACAGAGCAACUGUGCAACAGCUCUCAAGUGAACAGAGUCAGUUGCGAGAGCAAGUUGGAAAAAUUGUAGAGCUUGAAACUGAACGUCAAUCGCUGAAGGAGCAGUUGAACGAGAUGACAUCACGAUUAGAAAACGUAGGAUCAAUGAAUGACCCCGUCUCUUCGCUGACUGUCAAGCGGCUUGAGCUCAAGUGCAAAGAACUGGAAUCCAAAUUAGAAUUAGAACAAACUACACGUUCCAGGAUGGAGGUACAAAUUAGCAGACUGAAAGAAACGGUAGAAAGACUUCAAAGUGAUACAGACAUCGCUAAAGGCCGAGAGGCCGCAGCACAGGAUCUAGUCCGAAAACUACAGAGGAACAUCAGGGACUUGAAAGAGCAAUUGAGUCAGCACGAGUCUCGAGAGAACAGUGAGACGGUCAAACGGAAGGAGCUGGAAAAGAGACUUGAGGAGUCAGAAGCAGAAACCUCGGCAGCAAAGACUGAUCUGCGUUUGGCGUUGCAAAGGAUCGAAGACCUCCAGCUGGCAAUUCAAGGCGAGUUAGAUCAGGAUGAUGAAGAUGAUGACUCUGCGACAGAUAGUGAUAAUUCUGCUAGUUCUGAUGAAUCGUUUGAAAGUUUCCUUACCAAUCAUAAUAGUGGAUCGGCAGACAGGAGCUCUGUUAUCAGGUCUAAUUUCUCACGAUCGGAGGAAGUUUCUCCCUUGAAAAUAACCAACUCUUCAGCCUCCGCGAAAGAGUCGUCAUCCCCACCGUCAUCUUUUGCCUAGUUUGACUACCUCUUCAGUGUCAUUGAUUGUUAAUAAUUAAUUAGACAUAAGUCCAGAGACCAUCUUUUACAAUGAAUGUGAAUUAUCCUCAAUUUUAAGAUAAAGAAUUCAUAUUUCUAUAGACAUGAACUAUUAGUUUUGUAAAUUCUCGAGUCUACAUUAAUUUAUUGUCCUUUGUAUAAAUUUGUAAAUUGUAUUGUAUUUUAAAUAUUGUAUGUUUUUCAUUUUACUGUACUUUUUAGCAAAUCUUUUAUUCAGGUACGAACUUUUUUACGCAUUUACUGGAGUUUUCCUGCGAAUGAUUCAGCCGCUCAUUGUUAGUAAUGGGAAUUUUUAAACAAGUUUUUUUGUCUUUUGCCGUUUUAAAUUCUUUAAUGAGUUUCUAAGAGGGUUUGUGCAGAGAACUGAUGUUCCAAAUAUUGUCAUUUCUUCUUUGCAGAGAAAAAAAAAAAUCAAUUAUAUUAUUUACAGCUACAAUAGUUUUUCAAGAACGGUAAGGAUGUUAAGUGAAUUUUCUCCUCCAUAAAAUUUGAAUUUUUCUGAAAAAAGUGGAAAUAUUUUCAUUUAAAAAAAUCACCUGCUUUCAUUAACCUCUGGAAAAAAAUAAUACGAGGGAAGGUUGAAAAAGCUGGCGCUUUUUGCAUUUCCGCAGAUAAGUGGCUCUUGAAACUUUUUUAAUUACACUUGAGAUUUCAUUACUCCAUUCUUUGUGGAAAAUAUCUUUUGUUUCACAUAUCUGAGAUAGCUUGGGUAGAUUUCUUCCGAGCCACUCAUUUCUCUCAUUAAUAGAAAAUAAAUAAAGCAUAACAUGAUUAAAUAAAGUAAAAAAAAAAUGGUCUGAAAUUGCUGUGGCAUUUUCAUCAUUUAUCGUCAAUGUAUACUGAUUCAAAAUCAAAAUUUUGUUUUUUUUGUUAUUUAUUUUUGUUCUUUAACUCCAUCUAAAAUUAACAGAACUUUUCUGUUCGAUAAAUUUUGCAAGCAUUCAGUUUUUAUAUUUGUUUCUUACUUGAGCUACAUAUUUUCUCUAUUUGUGAUUUUUAUUAAUUAUUAACAUACGCAAUGGAAAUUUUUUGAGAUUGCCAUCGGUGCUCUGAUUAAUAUCUUUUUUGUUAGGGAUAGAAGUUUUUAAGUCGGUAAAGUUGCAUUGUAUCAAUGUCUUUACUUGCCUUGAAAGAGCAUUUCCGUACUGUUUCUGGCCUUAUUACUUAAUUAUCUUGUAAGCUAUAAAUUUUCUUUCCGGAGCCUUUACAUUGAACAAAGUGGUGCAAAUAACAAUUGUUUGUUUUUUUAAAUAUCAGUUUCAGGACCUGCAUAGUAUUUGGUCCUGAGAAUCGUUUUUAUGUAAUUUCUAGCUUGUAUCAUUUUUUACUUUGAUUCGAUUGUGUGUUAAAUAAUUUCUGAUUCAAUAAAGUAAGGUGCUUGUUAACAAGAGAUACAUAUUAAACCGUCAGUCUUCAAAUAGCCUAAUUAAACCUCCCAUCGUUGUAACAUCCCUUGCCUGGUGAAAGAUCGCAUGAAAAUGAACAUUUGUAUCCAUAAAAACAUACCAACAUUCAGCCUAUCUGUAUUCGCCCAUCACAUUUUUUUAGUACACAUUGUCCUCAUUGUUUUUUCACUAUGUAGUAGUAAUAUUUUAUUUUAUUUUUUUUUAUGUAAACAGUUACACUUAAUGUAAGAUAAUAAUCAAAUUUAUCCUUUUGAGUGAGACUAAUAAUAUCAUUUUAACUCAAAUACAUGAAUCAACCUGAAUUAAACUUUGUAAGCUGAAAACUCAGCCGGCUCUGCGAGUUGUUUCCUUAUCAAUAUUUAUCAGUAAGUAUUCGUUGAAACUUGUUGAAGUUACUAUUUUUUUCUCUUUCCUUUUUGUUAUUUAAUAAAUACUUGUACGAAUCUUGA